GGAAACAUCCCGAAACCGAUUCGAAAAAUUAUAUACCUCAUCCUAAGUACAGUAUCCAUACUAAUAGCCAGAAACUGGAAAACAACUACGCUGCCCUCGCUCCAAGACAUAGAAAAUGUAAUGACCUCAACAGUAGAACAUGAACUAAUAAUGUGGAACAAGGCGAAAAUUGGGAAACUCAGCCCCCACACUGCCACAAU